AUAACGGCAGCGUAAACGCCUGUGUCUGCUGGACAAGUGCGUACUAUUGGCCCCCUUCUGAUUGGUCACUUGUUAAGUUUGAUUUACAAGACAUAAGCCGGCAUCUCCAUAGCUUGAUGGCCUUUCGACGAUGGAACAACAAACGGAACCUUCGCCGUUCACCUAAUUAGAAAGUCGUUGAAAACAUGACCGGCAAUUGACUUAAUAGUUCUUAACGAACUCCAAAUAACCGUCGGUAUAAUCAUUCAAUCAGCGUAUUGAUUAAUUUACUGGCUCCUUUAUCAGCUGGCUACUAAUAGGAUCACAUGUUCGCUUCAACCCUCUGGAGACCACCAACUCCAACUGUACUGCCGUGGAGAUUAUAUUCAUUUGGUCAGGCCUAUAUAAGAAGGAAUAAAUCUGUAUCUCCAUGAUGUUUAAAACGCCGUUUGUUUUUGCGCUUUAGCCGAUAAAAAAUAUAAGGAUCUGUGGUUGUGAACUUUAAUACGCUCGCCAUACCCUCCAGAGAUAACGGAAACAAUUUAACCUCUUGUACGGACAGGUUAACCUCCGUUUGAUCUUUGUAAGUGACCAGGUGCAUGACUUGUACGACCAGGUGUAUACCUCGUACGACCAGGUGUAGGCUACUACGACAAGAAGUGCACCCUUGUACGACCAGGUGUAGGUCUUACGACCAGGCCUUUGCAUGACCAGGUGUAGACCCACGUAUGAUGUUGACCACUGAGGUGGACUGGUCUUGCGAAAAUACAAGUGUCGGAAAUGGCACAGACGACUCAAACGAGGAUGAAAAAUUUACACUGGCUGCAACGAUAACAAUGUUGCUAGUUUUGGGCACCAUUGUUCUAGCCUCCAUUAUCGGCAACAUUCUCGUCUGUCUGGCGGUUGCCACCUACCCAAAGUUACGCAAAACUGCAAACAGCUUUAUUGUAUCGCUAGCUAUGGCGGAUCUUCUCGUGUCUAUUCUCGUCAUGACUUUCGCAAUAUCCAAUGACAUUCGUGGUUAUUGGUCGUUCGGUAAAUCAUUUUGUACUAUUUGGAUAUCAUUCGAUGUGAUGUUUUCAACGGCGUCUAUUUUUAAUUUAUGUGCAAUAAGUGUGGAUAGAUACAUGCAUAUCAAGAAACCGUUACAUUAUUAUCAAUGGAUGACGCCAACCAGGGCACUCGUAACUAUUAUGUUCGUUUGGAUCAUGUCGGCUUUAGUGUCGUUUAUGCCGAUACAACUCGGUUGGCACGAAGGUAAUUCAGGUGACGCGUUACCAAUGAAUGUUACUGACGCGUUACUAAACGAUGACGCAGACGACAAAUUACUGAUUUGUACUUUGGAAGACAUUAAUCUGAUUUAUGCAACACUCUCGUCAUUCGUUAGUUUUGUCCUUCCCUGUUUAGUUAUGACGUCAAUAUAUUCAAGGAUUUUUGUAGCUGUGCGGGAGCACGUGCGCAACGCUAAACAAGGCCGCAUUGGCAACUACGAUUCCAGAGAAUCGGGCUUCCAUUCUCCAAAUGCGGUACGCGAUCAUAAAGCCGCAGUGACGCUUGGCAUUAUAAUGGGUGUGUUUUUGUUUUGCUGGGUACCAUUUUUUACCGUGAACGUUGUUUCUUCGUUUUGUCCGGAUUGCUCUUCGCCAAUGUUGUUCAGUGUUUUAACGUGGCUCGGUUACUGCAACUCAACGCUAAACCCUCUUAUUUAUGGCAUAUUUAACAAAGAUUUCAGAUUCGCAUUUAAAAGUAUAUUACGUUUGGAAUGCUUGAGCGCAAGGCACAAGCGCAAUCAAACUUUCGUAACGAUGGCGGGUCCCAUCGGGUCGAGAAAAAAUUGCUCGGGAAAUAUACCCCUCAAGAAAAACUUGAGUAACUCUGCUUCCCAACCACUUAUAGCGAGAAAUGAGAAGCCUAUGUUGAAUGGAAAUGGAGAUAAAUUUAAAGAGGAUGAUUUAUAUAGUACUCAGGAAUCACCAAUGGUUAUUCUUGAGCGCAUCACAACUAUAUAGCCUAAUGAUCAGCGCGGCCAAAUGCAAAUACAGUAAUGUAAAUAUCAUCGGUUGUGCUUUUAUCACCAAAAUCGUAUUAUGUACGGUUUCUAUAAAAACUUACAUACUUAGGCCUAUUAGUGGCAAUCCUCAAGCUAUCAGCAACCAAAAUAUUUUAAAGCGAUUAUCUCGCAUUGUGACGUUUGUAGUGAUGCGUGCGUUUACUGCUUCUCUGAGUAUAAUACGUAGCCUAGCUAAGUGUUCAGUCAUAGCCAAUGGAAGGAUGACAAGAUCUGGUUGUUCAGGUUUCAAGGGGCAUAAUAUGGAUGAUUUAUUUAAAUGCUGGCUAACCAACCAACCAACCAAUCAAGGAUCAACAUUGGAUAAUUGUUACGUAAUCUAACGAUAUUGGACAUUACAUAAUCAUUACAUUCCACAUCUAAAAUGAAUUAUACUAAGCGCAGUCAAUGUCAUCAUUAUCCGCCGCCGGCCACAAUUUGAUUUUAAACGGUGUCAUUUAAAGAAACAAUCUAUUUAAUGGUUUUAGGUAAUAUUAAUGUUGGUUGUCACUUGCGAGCCGUACUUUCGUUUCUGCCAAGUAUGUUAAUAAUAAGUUCAAACUGUUAUAAUGAUCCAUUAUGAAUUAAAUAUAAUAUAUUAUAAUAUUUCAUGUAGUACAAGUUACAAAAAUACCAAAUGUUAUCGAUUAAAUUUAAACAUUUUGUAAUCAAUUUGAAAUACACAUCCCUAUCGACUAAAAUAUUGAAUGCGGCUCACGACUUUCCAGGUCGUAUUGGCUGAAAUCUUUAAAUAAUUAAUCACUUUAAAGUGGCACUGUACAUGUGGAAUACAAAUUUCUCCAUCUUGUCAUAGGCUGUCUUGCUGGAACACGUACUCUCAUUUCGGUACGCAUUCGCAAUGGCUUGUUCACACUAGAGAAAUUUAGACGCGCUAACGCGCGCAAACGCAAGUAAAGUACUGUCCACACUAUUAAAUUUCAUGUGACAAAUCUGUAUGAUAUACCCAUAUAUGGGCAUGAAGAUGUUAUAGUACACCUAAAUAUGUGAGAAUGACAUUUAUUUGUCACAUGGAACUUGAUAGUAUGAACCAAAGCUUGCUAUUAGGCGAGGUAAGCGUUACAUGUGUUUGCGGUAACGCGUUGAUGGUUAAAUCAAGCUUAGCAGAUCGAAGCUAUUACGGGGCGAGUGUAACAGCAGUUUGUGCGUAUAAUUGAUACUUACACA